GGAAGAUUUAUUGCCAAGAUCCAAAACGGAGCAUACAAGAAAUCUUUAAUUAGGCAGUCACAAUUUGUUCACUUAACACCGAAUUUCGACUUCAUUCGACUUUUUUUUUAUCAACUUUCAGUUAGUUUUGAGUCAUCUUGUCAAUGUCAAGUUGUAGAUUGAGAGCAACUCUAGGUGUCAACCACAUCCCUCUUUGAUUCUCCUUCUCCAUUAUAUUAUCUGCUUCGCUUGGCAACCUUGAACAGGGGUCCACCCAAAUGCACCUCUGAGCUCAAGAAGCUUCGACCUCCCUCCCAUACAAACUCCCACCUGCGCAUUUGGGAACCUUGCGCGCACACUGAUCACAACAUCAAACCCCCCGAAAAGCGGUUACUCGAACAUGCCAUCAUCACUUUCGACACCACCCCAAUAACCCCAAAACGCCGCGAAGCAAAUAUAGCCAUGACACCCCCGGCGACGCUGUUCCACGCCCUCCUGCGCCCCAGCGUCCUGCAGAUCCUGCGCGCGACGGGCUACCACUGCACGCGCCCGGCCGUGCUCGACUCGCUCACCGACCUGGCCGCCAACUACCUGCUGGCCCUGUGCCGCGCCGCCUCCCAGCACACGAUCGACGACGUCGCGCCCGGCCUGGCCGAGAUCCGCAUGGCUCUCGAGGACGUCGGCGCCCUCGCACCGGAAGACGACGACGUCCAGACCGUACAGGACUUUGUGGAUUGGUUUGCUGGUGCGAGGAACGCCGAGAUCAGGAGAAUCGUUGCUGAUGGCGACGCCGAGGCGCCGGCUGAUUGGCUUACUGCACUCAAACAAAAGCACAGCAAAACUGGCGACGAUUCAAAGUUCCAGGGCACAUUGCUAGGAAAGCCCAACGAGCACGGCGAGGUCCUCGUCGAGGGCGGCAACUUUGACACGAUACAGAGCUGGUCGGAGCAUAGGAAGAAGAACAACGUCAUGACACCACCGCCGUCACCACCGCAGCACGAGUCAGGGUCCAGGCCCUCUAGUUCCGGGCUCAGCUCCUUGGGUGAUGGGGAUAUGGACUUUGAGAUGGGUGGCAGCAGCGAAACACCCGCGGGCGACGCAGCUGCUGGCGCCAUGGCCGUUGAUCCAUGAGGUUGGACCAUACGAGCGGCUUGGAUGAAAAGAGAGGAUAUGUUCUGUGGGCUUUUUCUGCGGACCUGUUGGCUCCUCGAGAGCAAUUCGGUAUAUUUCAGGCAUACAUAGCGACGGCGUCUGGGGUUCACAUUUGAUUUUGGGUUUCGGUUCAGGCGCAGGCUAAUUCUUAACAAAUCACAUCAUCACAUCGACACAAAAUAUGACUCCUGUCGCCUAUUCGGGAGCUUUUCCCUUUCAUAAUUGAGUUCUAUCAGAUCUAAUGAUCCAAAUUUCUCCG